AUGUGGCUUCUCAAAACCGAUGACCUCACCCUCCACUGUUUCUUCGGCUCCAUUCCGAAGUACUCCAUCCUCUCACACACAUGGGAAGCUGAGGAGAUCACCCACCAGCAAAUGCUGAACCCCACCGACGAGGUGCGGCGCAAAGCCGGCUACCAAAAGAUCCAGGCGUGUGCUGCGGAGAGUCGAAAGCUGGGCUAUUCCUAUACCUGGAUCGACACAUGCUGCAUCGACAAGUCCAGCAGCGCCGAGCUGUCCGAGGCCAUCAAUUCCAUGUUUUCCUGGUAUCGCGAUUCAGAGCUAUGCCUGGUCUACCUCCAAGACUAUAAGCCUAGCCCAGGGUCGGCCUCGAUGGACGACAUAGGUCACUGCAGGUGGUUCACCCGGGGCUGGACUCUCCAGGAAGUCCUCGCGCCCGCAAAUGUCGGUUUCUACACCGCAGAUUGGACGGCCAUGGGCACCAAGGAAGAGCACGCGCAAGUUCUUUCGGGGUUUCUCUCCAUCGACCGGGAUCACUUGAUCGAUGGCCUUUUCGGAGACAUGAGCGUAGGGAUAAAGAUGAGUUGGGCUGCACACCGCCAAACGUCGAGGGUAGAAGACAUGGCCUACUGCCUCAUGGGCCUGUUCGAUAUCAACAUGCCGCUUCUCUACGUUUGGCUUGCUCGUUAG